UAUAUUCCAUUAUUCAACGUACGGUCACACUGAUGUAGUGUUGCUUGCGCGUUUUUUGUGUUUUAGCAAAUUUAUUUUAUUUUAAACAUAAAAAGCGAUCCUUUGAAAUAACGAAACAUGUUUUAUCACAUUUCACUUGAGCACGAGAUUUUACUGCAUCCGCGUUACUUCGGCCCUCAACUGCUGGAGACAGUGAAGCAGAAACUUUAUUCGGAGGUGGAGGGCACAUGUACCGGCAAAUACGGUUUUGUGAUAGCUGUGACAACGAUAGAUCAAAUCGGAUCUGGUGUAAUACAGCCUGGUCAAGGCUUUGUGGUAUACCCGGUAAAAUACAAGGCUAUAGUCUUUCGGCCUUUCAAGGGGGAAGUGUUGGACGCUGUGGUUAAACAGAUAAACAAAGUUGGCAUGUUUGCCGAAAUUGGACCGUUGUCUUGCUUCAUAUCUCAUCAUUCUAUUCCAGCGGAUAUGCAAUUUUGUCCCAAUGGCAAUCCGCCCUGUUACAAGUCCAAGGACGAAGAUGUGGUUAUCUCCGGCGAAGACAAAAUCCGGCUUAAGAUUGUUGGUACUCGAGUGGACGCAACUGGCAUUUUUGCCAUUGGAACUUUAAUGGAUGAUUACUUGGGAUUGGUCUGUAAUUAGAGAGGAACGCCUCAGGAAAAAAUCAAUAAAAUCGCUACUCUUUA